AUUCACGUCAAGGUGGAUGACGCUGCUUCAGUUUCCCCAUUUUUAUUUUAUUUGAUUUUCUUACCAUUCAUAGCCGCCUGAUUUCUCUUCUCGAUCGGCCUCGAAAUGAGUCCGGUAAAUAGUCUGUGGUUCAAGUGGAAGAGCCUUCGAUUGCCGUGGCGAAAAUCCUUCCUCGUCGGGACGGAUCUCUCCGGAAACACAUUCUGGGAAUUUAAAGAUGCCUUGAAUGCUGCGCGAUACCGACGGAUUGUCAAGUUCAAUCCUAAAACCCAUUAUGCGGAUGUCCAAGUGAGCCCACAAUGGCACCAAUGGCUCCGCUACGUCCGAGCCGAACCCCCCUCCGUCCAAGAGCAACAACAAGACGUUCUCCGCCAGAUUCAAAUUAAGCAACUGGCCCGACUGGCCGAUGAGCGCUGGGCCAGCAAGCCCUCCUACCUCGACAUGCCACAGACCAAACAACCAGCACCAGCAACCCAAACAACAGAUGCGACCAUGAAUGCAUCCACGGAGGGCAACAAUACACAUGGAAAUAUUGCCCCUACACCCGAACCCAAAGAAACGGACCACGUCGAGACACCAGUCACUAAAAAGGACCCCUGGGCUGCAGCCCGAGGAGCUCCUAGCCAGGACUGGCAGCCGCAAUCCUGGACACCGAAGCCGUCUCAGAGAUGAGGUUCAAUGACGGGAUAGAAAUUAGGAAAUGUCGAUCUUUAUCUCGUCGGUAGAUUACACGCGCCGUUUGAAGGAUUCCGUUCGAACUGUCGCGAUUGGCCGCUGUCAAUUCGAUGUCUGGUUACUUUGUGGCUUGUGACGGCUCGGGAAUUAUCUGAUAGCUUUGGUUUCAAAGCUGUAUUGCGCUUUCCUCCCGUCGGAGAAGAUCUAGGGGCGCGACUUGGCUAUAUCGUCUGGUGAUUUGAGGGAAAGGAUGGGCUCAGGGCCAUUCUUGGUUCAUGACAUGCUGAUCUUGUCCGAGUGGCUUGAUACUUCAUGUUAAAUACUGGAGUUAGAACUGGAUAUUUGUACUUUAGAUAUGUAUUUUAUGAGAUCUAAUGGCCCUCGUUUUGAGUGGGGUUGGAACUGUGUAUACUAGUUAUGCGAUCUAAAGGGCUCUUCUUAUAUAUUGGUGUGCAUCAUGACGUUCGUGACUCACAUGAUAUUUGAUCCAAUAUGAUAUAUAUU